AGAAAUUACAUGUCGGUACCAAUGGCCUUUCCAUCUCAUAGAUAAAACUUUCCCACCUCAGGCUUUAUUCUUACAAACUGUAGUUUUCUCUCUGACCCACUAACGUCUGUGUAUGCGCCUUCAGUCUUCUGCCUGUAUGGAUGUUUAUGGGUUAAUUGUAGUUGUUCAUUGUUAUGCUGUAUCUUUUUCCCCAUCUCUUCCCAGACCACACACCUCUCUGAUCUCUUCACUGGUUUUAUGGGUGGUGUCAACAUUUUCUGAGUUUGGGGGAAAAAUAGACUGUGAUAUGGUUGUUUUACUUGUAGGAAGAAGUGGUGUUGUGAUAGAGAAAGUGAGAGCGUGAGGAAGAGAGAAAGAGAGUGUGAAAGAGAGAGAGAGAGAGACAGAGAGAGAAUUAGUUACUGCUACAGAAAAGAACAUUCUGAAAUUGUUAGCUAGUUGUGUAUGUUGGUAACUAAUAUUUAAGGUCAGAAUUAGGUUUGGUAAUUGUUAUUAUCUUACAUAUAUGUAGUUACACAUUCAUAUAUGCCAUAUGUAUAAUCCCACCUCUUUAUAUAAAAGAAAGUGUGUGUGUGUGUGUGUGUGUGUGUGUUCAGAGUUGGUUUCACAUGAGGUCCUAGGUGUAGUUGGGUGUGAUUAAAAAGCCAUGGUCCAGAAACCCUAAGCGGCCCUGAAGCCUGUGACAACCUUGACAACAGAGAUUUUGCUUUCUUCUCUAUUUAGUUAGCACACGUAAUCCACACAUGCUGUGUCCACGCUGGUGUAACAGCGAGUGGAAAACAGGAUUACAUCAUUCCUGACAUCACUAUUGCCAGUUUGGGCGAAGAGACCAACUUGAAUUUAACUUCUCUCCCCAUCUGUCUAAGCAGUGACUGACAAAUUCCCUCCUGCAGAGAGAAGGUACAAAGGUCAGCGUCUUGUACAGUGCAUGCGGGAUUUUUUUUAAAAAUGGUGCGCUUGCGGUGCUAGUGAAUGGUUUAGCAAUGUUGCCAAAUCGGAGACAAAAAUCCCCAGUCAACCAAGAUCUGGGUGAGAUAUACACAUGAACACACACAGUUUAUUCAUAUACAGAUACACAUAUACACAGCAUAUGAAAAAACUGUCAAAAGACACAAUAAAACAUGGACAGAGACAGAUGACAGAGACAUUCGGUAAAACACGUAAAGCACAGAGUGGAUAGUCAGGCACAGACUAGGAUUGAGGAAGGUCAUGGACUAGGGAAAAUAAGGAUGUUUUAAAGUUAGGAUUCAAUCUGGAGAGAAGUGGAUUACUGGACAUGAGAAGUGAGAGUUCCAGGGGCGAUCGGAGGAGCUGUGAAGGUUGAAUGCAGGAACAGUGAGGGUCCUGGAAGAAGACCCCUAAGAUUCUGGGGAAUGGGUAUAACAUGCUGGUGAGACCAGGUGGGAGCGAGAAGGUGGACAACAAAGUUCUGAACUGUCUGAAGCCUGUGAAGGUCAGGAGAGAGCUGCAGGAGUCCAGGCGGUUGGACAGGACAGCACAGAUGUGAGAGUCCGAAGUGGAUGGUUGGGAUUUGAGCAAUGUAGCACGGGUAAAAGAAAAAUGAAACAACAGAGUAGACAUGGGUGUCAAAUGAGGGCGUUGGGUCGAGGCUAAUGCCCAGAUUUCAAACCGGGGGGGGGACGGCACUCAGUGAAGUGUGAGGGAAGCAUUCUCUGGUGUUUUCUAGUCAAAAGAUGUGAAUGAUCAAUUGUAAUUGUGCUUGUAAAUGCUAUACUGUAGUAAUAUGGUUAAAACAUUGACCACUGAAUGAACAAAGUUAUAUUUAUAUAGCAUUUUUCCAGGAACCUAAGGUCACUUUACAGUUAACACACACACAGCUUUUACAUCCAGACACGCAUCAGUGAGAAGCGGCAAUUGUGUCCAAAGCCUCAGGCUCCCAAGGGUCUGAACGAUGUGCAGAGAGGGAGAGAGGAAAAAACCCAGCGCACCUUCCACUACUAGACAUGCAGACACACACACACCAGGACAAUAUUAGGAUAGCCAGCUGAUCUAACCUCCAAGGCUUUUGGACUGUGGCAGGAAACUGGAGACCCCCAAAGAAAACCCACAUAGACAAGGGGAAAAUGUUGAAACUACACCCCGGUAGGGACGCAAACAUGAGAUGCUCGCGAUCAGAGGCAAACUUGCUAACCACCAAGCCACCAUGCUGACUGUCAUGUACUUAAAAUGAUUUUUUCAGAUUUUGAAAUAAUUUGUCAGAUUUUGAACCGUAAAGCACGCCAGUUCGGAUUAGAUGAAGCAGAUGGGGUGGCUAAACAUGUGGGAGGUGUACGUUCCAGUAAAGGUCAGACAUGUCCAGCACUCACUGGGAGACACCUCCCACUAGUCCCUUGCCUUUAUUGGACGCUAAAGAGAAAGACAAAAAGUAGAUUGACAAAAAAACGAGAAGUCAGGGGCAGAUUGAGGCGAGGUGAGACGCAGCGUCAGCGCUGACCGCGGUUUUGGAGCUGAGGUCUGCGGAGUGGUGAAGAUUUUUUUGAGUAACUGUUUUGAUGCGAUGCGUUUCCGCCACGGCAGGACCUGGGUACGCUCGCGCCUCUCUUCCUCUGUCUAGCGAGAGGGCCCGUCCCUCUGCGCAAGGGGGCGGCGUUUCUCUGCCUCUCUUGCACUUUUCUGGUUCUGCCUCUCCCUCCGUCUUUCUACGCGCAGUUCGCUCAUAUGGUCUCAGGGGACAUACACCACCGCUCUCCUCCUGGACACCUGUAGAGACAGCCACAGUCGUAACGAACGUUUGCUCCUGCCUGCUCGCCCUCGCGCACGCAAAAAAACCAACUGCACAGGAAGCAAAACUCAGGCUGAGGUUUCUUAGCCGCCAGAACCCCAAGACUAGGAAAGGAAUUAUACUCUCACUCACUCUCUCUUUCUCUCUCUCUCUCUCUCUCUCUCUCUCUCUCUCUCUCUCUCGUUUUGGUUCUGGCCUGUCUUUGCCUCCACCCACCUGCGUCUCAUUGGCAUCUCGCCGCUGACUCAUCUGGCCUUGUCUCCUGACGCAUCGUGUCGCCUCGCCGUCGCCCUUACCGGUAACGGAGCGCCGGCACCUCUCCAGCCGUGCUAUGGAGGGACAGGUGUGCUACAACCAGGACGGAUGUGGUGCUCGGGUGGCACAGCUGAGGAGGCUGGUUUGGGUGCUGCUGGCAUGGGCCUCGCUCCUCACCGCGGCCCUGGUGGUCUCCAUCUCUCUUCAGUUCUUCUACCCCAGAGCUUUCAGCCUCACGGAACCAGCCAGUGGCCCUGUUCUCAGUCCCGCCCCACUGAAGAGAACUAGCCUGCACCUGUUCGACUACAGCAGCUGGGAUAACAACAGCGGUAUGCUGGUGUGGCAGAAAUUUCCAGAAGGUAACAUCACACAGCACAUUGAAGUGGAACAUGAUGGAAAUUAUUUCCUUUAUCUACAGUUGACACUGCAGUCCACAAAUACAGGGGUGAACUAUUUGAUUGAAGUGAAAAGGGUUCUUGAAGGCGACCAGCAUGACGUAAUCUUGAAACGUCAUAUCAAUAAAUCGGAAAAUUCUACUGGCCUUAUGGGUAAAGGACUGCUUUUGUCGGCAGGCACAAAUGUGCAUGUCACCUGCAAGCCUGCAACUCAAUUUUCCAAGCAAGAUACGUACCUGGGCAUGAUCAAACUCUGAUGACGUGAUACAUACCUGGGUACGGCUCCGAUGAUGUCUUCCACGCCUGCUGCCUUCCCAGAUGUGACAUUAUUGGAGUAAAACCGAGGGUGGAGGGAGCUUGGGAACACCCUGCAUUCCUGAUGGGAAAUCUGAGCUCAGCUUCCUAGCUUUCUCUUCAGCGUCCGCCCUGUGGCCUGCAGACCCACACUGUCUAGGACAGCAGGGUCACAGGAGAUGUUUUAUUUGUUAAUCAUUCUCUUCCCUCCUGAGUCAGUAAAGACAGGACGACGCCAACUGAAGUCACCUUACGCCAAACGACGGAAAACAUUCCGGCCAUUCCGUCUGCCGAGGCUUAUGUGAGCAACCAGAGCAACAGAUAAAUUCAAGCACACACUGGUUUGUGCUAACGGCUUUGAUAAAAUUGUAGUGAAAAAAUGCACACAAACUGGCAAUGUGCAAUGAAGGGAGCGUCUCUUUAAACCUUAGCUGACCCAGGAGUCUUUUCUGUGGCCUUCUUUUCAAGGGUGCUCUUCCCAUGUUCCUGUCCCCAUCCCCCAAAGAGGAGACCGAAGCAUAUGUUUCAUAGUGCACUUUGCUUUAUCAUGGGCACUGCCGCCUGAGCUCUUCAAUGAGCUGGUGGGAAUGGUCUGGUCCUACCUCAGAACUCAACAAGUCUGUCAUUGCUCUGAGUGUCAGGACUGAAACCAGAUAACGUCCUGUCUAGGCUGACUGCGAGGAAUGAGAGUUAUUUCUCAGUGUACGAGUGCUGCAAUUCCCUUGGAUUCUGCUAAAUUUAUCCAGGAGUUAUAAUCCAGAAUGCCAUUCAAAACUAGUUUGCAAAAUUAGGUAAAAGGGUAGUCGUCCCUGUGACCAGCUCAUGUGGGAGAUACCCUGGAUUGUUUGUGUUUAUUUCUUGUGUUUGUCGUACUGAUUGUAGUUUGCAUAUAAUGCGAAUGUUGCCUCUGCUCUCACACUUAAGUCUCACGUUGGUCUAUAAAUAAAACAAUAUUACAUAAGUGAAAAAGACCAAAUUUUUAGAUAGGCUUAGAAGGACAUGUGAGUAUGAAACAUCUGGCUCUAAUUCUUGUAUAUAUCUAUUUUCUUUAAGUUUAACUUAUUUCUCUGAUUUAUUUAUAGAAAUACUUGUAUUAAUUGUAAACAACACAACAGUUGAUAUGAAUGUAUUGUUAUUAAAAGCACUGACUAAAGUUACUCAUGAAUUCAUUGCACAUUACAUACGUACAGUGAUGUGUAUAGUGAGACUGAAACAUCAAAAGGUUAAAAUCGUAAUAUUACAUAUGACAUUUUGACUUCACAGUACUAGCUCCCAUCACAGUAGGAGUGUGUGGAUUGUUUAAUUUGUCGAAAAGUGUCUUAAACUGUGGGACAUAUCAUUCCUAUAAUACUGUCCAUAUCAGACUCAAAUGACAAUGCCUGUCAUGUGACAGCUUACACGGUGGCCUACAACGGUGUGUGAAAUGAGACUUUAGAAACCACUACAGACAAAACUCUUUUUUGAGCAAUGGAACAUUAUCACAGGUUGGCAGAUUUAAAAAUCUUAUCACAUUUGUUUAUUUUUUAAACCUUUGUUGUCAAUUAAUGUAAUUCUCCCCUUUACAUUGAAAGUUCUGUAAAUAACAUACAAUUUAUGUUAUACUGUUUAAUCAAAGUGUUAUCAGUAUGAACCACAACUCAGGUUAGUUUUAUUCUUAUCUGUUUAUUUCAGAUGUCAGGGUUGUGUUGCUGUUGUUUUGAUUUGUUUUUUACUUAAUAGAGUAAAUCUUUGCUUUUGUGGUCUGCUUUUUAAAACCAUAUGGGGACUUUUAAAAUAUUUAGGUACUUUAUGCAAUAUUGUGCUUUUAUUCUUGAAAAGACUUCCUGCUUUUUAACUCCACAAUGAGCUACUGAAUGGAAUUUCACAGCAUUGUUUACACUUGGUGACAGUGUAAACAUUGCACUUCUAAUCUUAAAAUAUAUUAAGUGAAAUGUUCCUAUGACUCGACUUCUCUUGGAACCUCUGAAGGAACUUGUAUGAAUAAAACGCUUUUUAUAAAUGACCUUUUCAAUUAGAAUAUGGACUGUAUCACAUUCUCA